AUGAUGGGAUUGGGGACUACUCCCGCCAUUCUAGCGGGGUUGGUGGUAUGUUAUUGUCUCUCCACUUGGAUCUACAACCUUUACUUUCACCCGCUUGCCCAAUUCCCUGGCCCUUUGCUCGGACGCGCCUCUCUGUGGUGGCGCUUCAUUCAUACCUCAACCGGCAAGGUCCACCUUGCGAUUGAGGACUUGCACAAACGCUAUGGCCCGAUUGUGCGUCUCUCGCCCAACGAACUGUCCUUUGGAUCGGUUGAGUCCUGGAAGGUGAUCUACGGACAUCCCACCUCCCAAAGGCCCAUGCCCGAGAAGGCGGCUUUCUACGAUGUCUUCAGUGCCGGCUUUGCGCGAAAUGAUCUUGGGAGCGAGCGCGAUUAUCACAAACAUGCCGCCAUGCGCCGGAUGCUCGCUCCGGCCUUCUCCCAACGCGCUCUCCUCGAGCAAGAAGACAUUAUCGGUGGUAUUAUCGACAGGUUUGUGCGGAUCGUGGGGGAGAAGGCACCCCCCGGGUCCAAGGGAAUCAAUAUGACCAAAUGGUACGAGAUGAGCUCAUUCGACAUCUUAGGGGAGAUGGCCUUUGGCGAAUCCUUCCAUAGCCUUGAAGCCGGAAAACCACAUUUUUGGGGGGAUCUGAUCGUCUCGCAUCUCUACUUCAUCACUUUGAUUGACAACCUGCGACGAAUCAGCACCAUUGCCACUCUGGCUCGAUAUCUGCUCCCCUCGUCCGUUCUAGUGCAGAACCAAAACUCCCGUUACGCAAGAGACCAGGUUGAAAGAAUCGCUGGGGGUGAGACCGUGUCAACCUUCCUGGCCGCCACCACGUGUUUUCUCUUGCAACACCCAGACAAAUUCCAGCGCCUCGUCACGGAGAUCCGGGGAGCUUUCCGAUCAUACGACGAGAUCAAAGCUCAAGCGGCCCAACAACUACCCUACUUACAGGCAGUAAUCAACGAAGGGCUUAGACUCUGCCCGCCCGGGUCGCAAGGAUCCCCACGUGUCUCCCCGGGGUUCAAACUCCAUGGCCAAUAUAUUCCUCCAGGCGCCGAAAUUUACACUAGUCCGUGGACAACGGCGCACAACUCCCGUUACUUCAAGGAUCCUAACAGCUUUGUUCCGGAACGCUGGAUCGAUCGGUCUUCGACUGAUGUUAAAGAGGCGAGUCAGCCUUUCUUACUGGGACCCAGGAGCUGUAUCGGAAGAAAUUUUGCCUAUAUGGAGAUGAACCUGCUCAUGGCUAAACUCUUCUGGACGUAUGACUUGGAAUUGGUUAAUAGAGACAUCGACUGGCUGGGAGAAGGGAAAGUCCAUGUUCUCUGGUGGAAGCCUGAGCUACUCAUACGCUUCCACCGGCGACCUACUUGA